UUAUAUGCAGUCGGACAUCAACAAGCAUGGAUGGAAACGGAGAGCUAGCUCCACGUAUCUGAAAUCUGUCACGUUUCACACUUCUAAUCAAACCUGGUCAACAAGGUAAUUUUAAUUCAUCAAUCGGUAAUGUUAAGUAUACACUGACAGUUUUUUUUCCGCAUGCUCUGAAACAACCUUACAUCUCUGCGCCACUACAUCCAAUGUUUAUCUUCUUGUAAACAUUUGGUCUGUAUCCGAGUUGUUUCAUCCUGAUUUUUAACAGAGUUGCUUUGAAAUGGAGCCACAACCCAAACGCAGAAAAGAAUAUGAGUGUGACAUCGACUCCUGGGUUGCUUACCCUGUGCUGUCCAACGAGCAGUCACAAGACAUUGAGCUAAUCGAGGCCUUUGCAGCUCCCAUUAUCAACAAGAAAGAAACCUCUCGUUUGAUCAAGGAGUUGGCCAAAGUAUACCCAUUACCUGGACUUCAGCACAUCAAGAGGGUACGUUCAUGCAAGGAUAAGGGCAGCCCUCACCCUCUGGAGGUCAUUGUAUGCCUUGCCAGUGAUGCACCAGUCAUUGAUCACAGUAAGGAGCUGCACAUAUCUGAUCUGUCGUCAUCCGGUAGAUUGAACUGUGAAGGUCUAGGAUACCCUUUCCUGGUCAAGAUACCAGCAUGCCCUCCUUUGACCAGACCGCAGUUUGAGCAGGCCAGCAAACACUGGCCCACCUCCUUUCACGAGGACAAACAGGUGACUGUGGCCCUGAGGGGCCAGCUGUUCACCUCCUCUCAGAAAUCAAAGAUGCAGGAGUACAUGAUGGCUGCUGUGGCUGCAGCCAGAGCGGGGCAGGAGAGUGGCAUGGAGGCUGUGGGGGCUGCGGUCGUUGACCCAGAGGCAGAGAGGAUCCUCGCUGUGGGACAUGACUGCCAGCAAGGCGGUCACCCACUUCAUCACGCCAUCAUGGUCUGCAUUGACCUUGUGGCACGUGGGCAGGGGGGUGGGGCCUACACCUAUGACAAGUACCCCGUCUGCCAGUCUGUUUUGCCCUAUUCCUCACCCUCUCAAAAACAGGGCGCCACCACCAUGACAACCUGUGGGGUCGUGCAGGACGGGGACAGUGCAGAGGAGAGAGUUGAGCCAUACAUCUGCACCGGGUACGACCUGUAUGUUACUCGAGAGCCUUGUGUUAUGUGUGCCAUGGCGCUAGUCCAUUCUAGGAUAGGCAGAGUCUUCUAUGGGACAGCCUCUACCGAUGGGGCAUUUGGGACUAAAUACAAAAUCCACGCUCAAAAAGAACUGAAUCACCGCUUUGAAGUUUUCAAAGGAGUCUUGGACCAACAGUGUGAAGACCUUAACAGGCCUAUACACUAUAUCAAAAUGAAUUCUUAAAGGUUCACAUAAUUGUUACAGGAACGCUAGACUAUUAUAAACGGAUUAAUCUCGUGUCAGACUACUAGGCACACAUGGUUGAUGAACGAGACUAGAUCAACAUGUGAAUUACAUAAGUAACAUUUUACUUCUGGAAGAUUUUGAAUUUACAAACACAUUUUAAUGUUUUACUUUGUUACUGUGUAAAAUUCAAUGCAAUAAAGUUUGGCCACUGUGACAUCAA